GGAAAUGUUCUCAUUAUUGUUUUUUUUUUCCAUCGCAAAAAUGCAGGCGUCCAUAUCAAAGUGAAUAUGUGGACCUCUGCGGUCCACACCGAGAUAUGAGCGCACAUGAAUUAAAAAGAGCUUUACAAGGAAAAAAAAAACAUGCUUUCAGAAAGUUUCACCCGAUUUUUAGUUUUCCAGGUGGCCCUGCGGGCGGUGGGCUGACCAUUGGGGUUGUCAUGGAAAUACGAAAGGCACAUUAGCCUACGCGGUCAUCACUAUGGCUUGCUCACCGCGCCGGGCGUGUCGGUGACACCAUGUCGGAGGGGGAAAGGCCACCGGCGGAGGCUGUUCUCGCUCAGCCGCAAGAAGGACAUUUCUUUGUCGACACGGGUUCCUCGGGGCCCGAUGACAUUUUCGAGGAGGACUCGUAUUCUCCGUCCUCCCUCUCUUCGUCGUCGUCGUCGUCCGUCCACACCGUGCCCUCCCUGCAGGGGAAAACCCUGUGCACCUCCUGCGGCCUGGAGAUAGUGGACCGAUACCUCCUCAAGGUGAACAACUUGUGCUGGCAUGUGCGCUGCCUCACAUGCAGUGUGUGUAAGACAUCACUGGGGCGACACGUGAGCUGCUAUAUCAAAGAGAAACAGGUUCUCUGCAAACUCGACUACUUCAGGAAGUAUGGGACCCGCUGUGCUCGCUGUGGCCGGAACAUCCAUUCUAGUGACUGGGUGCGUCGGGCACGAGGCAGCACCUUCCACCUGGCCUGUUUCUCCUGCACCUCUUGUAAGCGCCAGCUGUCCACUGGGGAGGAAUGUGGAUUGCUCGAGAACAGGGUCUUCUGCCGGCCACACUAUGAUGUUAUGAUGGAGAAUAUCAAACGCUCUAAGGAAAAUGAGCAACCAAAAGUAGAGGACGAGGUGGCAGACAAAGAUGACUCCGGUACCAUGCCUAGACCUGCUAAGAGGGCCAGGACCAGCUUCACUGUUGACCAGUUACAGGUAAUGCAAACUCAGUUUGCUAAAGACAACAACCCAGAUGCCCAGACUCUCCAGAAACUGGCAGAGAGGACUGGUCUCAGCCGCAGGGUUAUUCAGGUUUGGUUUCAGAACUGUCGAGCUCGUCAAAAGAAACACAUCAGCCCAAAUCCUGCAUCCUCAACAAUGAUGACAUCACUUGCUCCUGGUCAGCUGACUCCACCUUUGAUGGAUGAUCUGCAAUACACAACCUUUAUUUCCCCAGACACACCCCUCCUCACUACACUGACUUACAUGGAUGUCCAAACUCCAGACCCACUCUUGCUUCAGCCACUUAUAUCCCAUCCACUGACACAACUGCCAGUCAGCCAUGCCUCCUGAAAACUAAGGAUGAUAAGUGCCUGAUGGGAAGAUGAAGAGCAAAUCAUUUCACUUUAAUAAACUCCUGCAAAGAUUG